GAGGAAGCUAGCUGUGCUCAGCAAGCUAGCAGCGCUGAGCGGGAAACGAAUGAUCCCGCCAGCAAAGAAGACACCGGGGGAAAUGGCGAGGGUGAAGACGACUCCGAUGAUAGCGUAAGCGGCAGUGACUCUGCCUCCGUAAUGGAGAGCGCCAUCCUGGAGGAAAAGCAACUGAGCGACUGCUCAGUCAACCCCGGGCUUCCAAUGUCMACCACCACCCCGCUCCCAGCAGUGGGCGCGCUCCUCCUCGAGCUGCCUAGCUUGAUUCAGGAGGCUGCUAGCGCUAAGGGACUUCCAGUCCCACAGCCUCCCCCGUCCCACUUGAAUGAGCUGGCGGGAAGGUUUGGUUCUGCCUCAAGUCGCUGCCCRGACCCCAUCUGGCCUCAGUUUCCCGCCGUGAUGGACUUCCUGGCUGAAGCAGCGGCUGAGCCCGCCAAGCUGAGGGCGCCAGUCUCCACCUACGCGCCCAUCACCAGGGUGGAGGGGUUUACAGAGCGGAGUUUUCCCUCUGUCCCCCCUCUGGAUCCAGGUCUUGCUGAGGUGUUCGCUUACGGCAUUUCCAAGCAGCUGGAGGAAACUGCCCUGCCAGAGGAUCUAAAGAGYUCUCUCUGUAAGGAGGCUGACGCAAUCUUGAACCUGUGCGCCACCACAGUGAUUUGCUCCUCGGGGAUCGCUGCCUGGGCCACCCAGAUCCACCUGGCUCCAUCCAUGACGGAGAAGCUCCGGAAGGAUCUGCUGGAUGGUCCCAUCACAGCUGACGGGCUGUUUGGUGCCAACGUCUACUCUCUCGUGAAGAAGUCUCAGCAGACUCAGGAGGUUUCUGAGUCUUUUCGCCACUUGGUGCGGCCUCAACCUGAACC